CGGGCUCCGGACGGCUCCGGGCACCGCGCGCACACACCGGGCCGGCUCCCGAGGGCGCCAGCGCGGCCCCGGGGAGCGCGAGCAGGGAGCGCGCGGCCUGCGGUCAGCGGCCCAGCGGCCGAAAAGAUGGUGUCCUGGAUCAUCUCCCGAGCCGUGGUGCUGGUGUUCGGAAUGCUCUAUCCAGCAUACUAUUCUUACAAAGCCGUGAAGACGAAAAACGUCAAGGAAUAUGUCCGAUGGAUGAUGUACUGGAUAGUCUUUGCCCUCUACACUGUCACUGAAACGGUGGCCGAUCAGACACUUGCCUGGUUUCCCCUGUACUAUGAGCUAAAGAUUGCCUUUGUCAUUUGGCUGCUGUCGCCCUACACUCGAGGGGCCAGUUUAAUCUAUAGAAAGUUCCUUCAUCCCCUGCUGUCGUCAAAGGAAAGGGAAAUUGAUGAUUAUAUUGUCCAAGCCAAAGAAAGAGGCUACGAGACAAUGGUGAAUUUUGGACGGCAGGGUUUGAAUUUAGCAGCUGCAGCCGCCGUCACCGCAGCAGUGAAGAGCCAAGGAGCCAUAACAGAGCGUUUGCGAAGUUUCAGCAUGCAUGAUCUGACAGCUAUCCAAGGGGAUGAGCCCGUGGGACACAAGCCCUACCAGACUUUGCCAGAAGCAAAGAGGAAAAGCAAACAAGCCACUGAGUCACCAGCCUAUGGGAUUCCACGGAAAGAUGGAAGCGAGCAAACCGAUGAAGAAGCGGAGGGGCCGUUCUCAGAUGACGAGAUGGUGACUCACAAGGGGCUGAGACGAUCCCAGAGCAUGAAGUCUGUCAAGACCAUCAAAGGCCGAAAAGAGGUGCGGUAUGGUUCACUAAAAUACAAAGUGAAGAAGAGACCGCAGGUGUAUUUUUAAUGUCUACACCUCGCCCAUCCCAAGACAAAUAAACGUUAGCAAAUCAACUUCAUUUUCUAACACCAUGUAUUCAGGACUCACACUUUAAAUCUUCAGAUUGUGACAGUGACGGGAUUUACAUAAUGACUUUAAAUGGUUUGUGUUUCUUUAACAAUUACUUUUAGAUGUUCAACUGCUAAACAUAGUUAUAUAAGGUUUGUUAAUGUAUCUGUAGAUAACAAAAGUGACAGAGAAUCAUGCUCCUGACGUCAGCAGCAACACUAAGUGCCUAGGAUCUAAGGAUAAAGCAUAGACCCAGGGUAUACUUAAAACGUCUCUGCUUCAGGAUACAUCUGCCGGAUCUGGUGGUGGUGCGUUCUGUUUAUGUCAUCUGUGCCUCGUCUAUCACAGGAGAGUGGUGGCAGCCGCCGAGGAGCCAGCGUCAUUACUUUAGGAUGGUGCUGUGUCCUUUCCUUAAGUCCUAGAAGCAGUCACCAUGAGCUGAAAGUUUUUAAAACAGAUUAUUUGAAAACCAGGUGUCCAUGUAGCACUUUUCCUGGCUAGUUUUGCACACUUGAAAAUUGUUUACUUAUUUUAUGACUGUACAUUUACUUUACAUUUUACCAAUGCUAUCUGUUUUGUGGUCUGUCAUAUUCUGACAUGUCAAAAUUAUGCCUUGAAACCGCAUCAUCUCCCUUUUCUAUGGGCUUGUUUCAUUUGUUAAAUUCAUUUAGCCUAUAUAGAAACAUAUAACUGUUAAAUUUUACUCCUUUUCUUUUUUUUUUGUUUUUGUUUUGUUUUUUGAGAUAGGGCUUCUUAUAGCCCAAGAGUGGCCUUGAACUCCCUAUCCUCUGCCUGCUUCUGCCUAGCAAUUGCUGAGAUAACAGGUGUUAUCACACCUGGGUAAUUUUAACUGUCUUUCAAUUAUAUUUUUGACAUCUGAUAAGUUAUCUUAAACAUUAACCAGUUUCCAUAGUUGAAUUCGAUGUGUUUUUUUUUUUUUCUAUCAACAGCAAAUUACAUUAUUCUCGGGUUCAAAAAAUAGCUUUGGGGGACUGGAGAGGUGGGUUGGAGGUUAAGAACACUGGCUGCUCUUCCAGAGGACCAUGGUUCAACUCCCAACACCCACACGGCGGCUCACAACUGAUUUGACACCCUCACACAGAUACUGCGUACAGGCAAAACACCAAUGCACAUUAUAUAGAUAGGUAGGUAGGUAGGUAGGUAGAUAGAUAGAUAGAUAGAUAGAUAGAUAGAUAGAUAGAUUGCUUUCUUUUAUGGAAGAGUCACAGACCAAUGUAGCACUUAGUAUUUUUUAACUCAUGGCACUACAAGUGCCCACACUCCAUUCCUAGGCUGGGCAGAGGUUCAUCCUGCCUUACAGACCCACCAGUAACUAACAUCUUUUAGAUCUUUUUCUGCCUGAGAUUAGUCUCUGAAGAUGAGUGUCAGGGUAAAACACCAACAUCAUUGAUGCUUCGUAACACAGGCUUCCAGAGAAAGGCCAUCUUUUUAAUCUAAGAGACUUAGAGGGAUUGAACUCGGCUCUUUUUAAGUUGCCCUACUAACUGGGCAUUGUGGACACUAAAUCAUAUUAGGGAUGAUGAAUAUUCAAAAUUUCAGUAUCCAACAAUAUUUAUGUGGGAGUGCCUGAGUGGCAUCCACACACGACCUCCUCUUAAUGCUACGAAUAUUCUCUAAACUGAAUCACAUUGUUAAUAUUUUUCACACCCAAUAAAAAUUCAAUUUUUUCCUCCCAAAUUUAAUCUUGUAUCUCCAUCUACUUUGCUCUAACUAAUAGCCUCCUUAAGAGGAUUUCUAGAAGAAUUCUCUAAUUUCUAUUCAAACAUCUAUAAAGUCCCAUAAUAAAUUAUUGGACAGAGUGCUAUUCAUUUUGCCUGGACCAGACGUGCUCUGAACCAGUGCUGUGUGGGCAUGGAUGGUUUUCCCUGCAGAGGCUGUGUUACCUGAUAAGGCAGUUUGAUAAAUAGAGUGAGUUACUUUGUCUCCAUGGGGACAGAUUGACAAGAUUGUAUUUUUUUCAAGUCCAGUCUCAGUAUUAAACUUACCCUUUGGAGCUUUGGAUAGAUACCAUAGUUGGGGUACACAAGGCCUUGAGUUCAAUCCCAGAACCAAAAAAAAAAAAAAAAAAAAGCUAGUUAAAACAAACUUACGUAUUAUUAAAAGAAUUUGUGUACUGUU